GCUUCCGCCCGGGGCCCCGCCCCCGCCCCGCCCCUGCCCCGCCCCCAGGCCGAGCUCGCUCGCGCGCGCCGCGGCCUCUCCCGAGCGCUCCCCGCUCCGGGCGCCCAGGGACGCGCGCUGAGGCUGGGACGGCGCGGCCCCAUCGCCGAGCGGCGGACGCCGCCCCGUCCGACGCCCGGCGCGAGGCCUGUCUGUGAGGGCCCCGGGGGGCCGCCCCCUCCAGGUCGGAGGUCCAGCAUGGCGGCCGCGGGGGGCCCUGGCGUGGCGGCCGUGCGGGGUCCCCUGGGCCUGCUCGUGCUCCUGCUGCUCGGAGGCUGCACCGCGGAAGAGCCACCCAGGUUUAUUAAGGAGCCCAAGGACCAGAUCGGCGUGUCCGGGGGCGUGGCCUCCUUCGUGUGUCAGGCCACGGGCGACCCCAAGCCACGAGUGACCUGGAACAAGAAAGGCAAGAAGGUCAACUCACAGCGCUUCGAGACGAUCGAGUUUGACGAGAGCGCGGGCGCCGUGCUGCGGAUCCAGCCGUUGCGUACGCCGCGCGACGAGAACGUGUACGAGUGCGUGGCGCAGAACGCGGCCGGCGAGAUCACCGUGCACGCCAAGCUCACCGUCCUCCGAGAGGACCAGCUGCCCCCCGGCUUCCCCAACAUCGACAUGGGCCCGCAGCUGAAGGUGGUGGAGCGCACGCGGACGGCCACCAUGCUGUGCGCCGCCAGCGGCAACCCCGACCCCGAGAUCACUUGGUUCAAGGACUUCCUGCCCGUGGACCCCAGCGCCAGCAACGGACGCAUCAAGCAGCUGCGAUCAGAAAGCACUCCAAUCCGAGGGGCGCUGCAGAUCGAGAGCAGCGAGGAGACCGACCAGGGCAAGUACGAGUGCGUGGCCAGCAACAGCGCCGGCGUGCGCUACUCGGCACCCGCCAACCUCUACGUGCGAG